UAUGACUAUUAUAGAUAAAGGCAGUGGCUCUGGGUAGUUGAUCAGAAGGCCAGGAUUCAAGCCUCAAUACUGCCAUGCUGCCACUGUUGAGCCCUUGAGCAAGGCCCUUAACCCUCUCUGCUCCAGGGCACUGUAUCAUAGCUGCCCCAGCACUCUGACCCCAAUCUUUCAAAGCUGGGAUAUGUGUAGGAAAGAAAUUCACUGUGCUAGCAAUAAUAAAGUCCAGAUGUAUGCAAUUUUAUGUAGACUUUUAUAAAAAAAGAUCAUCAUAAAAUCCAUAAUCAUGAUAUACUUGAAACAAUCUGUGAGUAAACUGUGAAACAUUUCAAGUGCAUUCAUUUGUUCCUUCAUGUUUUCCAUCAGGAUGAUAUCUCUGAAAUAACCGGAGCGUCUUAUAGGGAUGUUUUGGUUCAGAUAGAGACGCCUCGAGAAGGAAAAAAAAAGUCUGACAGUCUUUGCUUGGGUUUUUGCAUCUGUCCAGCCUUCGAGACAUCCGUGCCUUCUCUCCCAUCUCUCUCGGUAGGUGACCCACAUAACUGAAGAUGGGUGACUGGGACCUCCUCGGCCGGCUGCUUGACAAGGUGCAGAAACACUCGACUGUAGUCGGGAAGAUCUGGCUGACUGUGCUGUUCGUCUUCAGGAUACUUGUGCUUGGAGCCGGUGCUGAGAGAGUGUGGGGUGACGAGCAGUCCGAUUUUAUCUGUAACACACAGCAACCCGGCUGCGAAAAUGUCUGCUAUGACCACGCAUUCCCAAUCUCCCACAUCCGCUUCUGGGUGCUGCAGAUCAUCUCGGUGUCCGCUCCCACUCUGGUCUACUUGGGCCAUGUCCUGCAUGUCAUAAAUGAAGAGAAGGGCAUAAGAGAAGCUCUGAAGAAGGCCCAAAAUGAUCAGGUUAACAUUUUUCACAAGAAAGGCCUCAAACUUCCCAAAUACAGCAACGACAAAGGGAAAGUCAGCAUCCAAGGUCGUCUGCUGAGAAGCUACAUUUUGAAUUUGCUCUGUAAGAUCUUGCUGGAGGUCGGAUUUAUUUUAGGACAGUAUUACCUUUAUGGCUUUACGCUUCAUGCUCAGUAUGUAUGUAGUCGCUUCCCGUGUCCUCACAAAGUCGACUGUUUUCUGUCAAGGCCUACAGAGAAAAACAUCUUCAUUUGGUUCAUGCUAGUCGUGUCCUGUGUGUCAUUGCUACUGAACCUUAUUGAAGUCUUCUACCUGUUUGUCAAGAAGAUCAAUGAGUGCGUGAACCGCAAGCGCGACUACAAAGUUACGUCUGUGACCCCGGUUUUGACCAAAAAGACUUUCGAAAACAAAGACCACAUGAUCCAGAACUGGAUGAAACGGGAGCUACAUCUCCAGAAUAGAGAAGCUGCCAAUGAAGUGGGCAAACACUCGAUGUUGGAAGACCACAACACCAAUGACGUGGAAGAGGUUCAUAUCUGAGCUUUGUAAACAGAACCUUUCUCAAGGCCAGUUGACACAAAUAUCCAUGAGACUGAGCAGCUGUUUCUUUCACGAUAGAUAAUACACUAUACGACCAAAAGUAUUUGGGCACCUGUCUUUCACAGCCAUACAGCUUGUGUUUGUUGAACAUCCCAUUCCAAAACCAAGGGCAUUAAUAUAAAGUAUUAGUUCCUUCCUUUGCUGCUACAACAGCAUCCUCUAUUCUCAGAAGGCUUUCCACUACAUAUUGGAGCGUGGCUAUGGGGAUUUGUGAGCGUAUAGGUCGGGCCUCUAUAGACCGAUUUUCUGGGGCACAGUAAAACUUUAGUGUGCCCCAGAAACAAUGAGUCUUAGCUAUGUGUGAAAAUAGAGUAUUAUUUCCUGUUCAUGAAACGUUAUUAUAUACAUCCUUUGAAUCAUUUAAUACAUGAAGGCUAACUGUAGCAUCAACUAAAGCAAAAAUAUCCCGCAAAUCCUUUUCAGUCGUAUGCCACGCCCCCGACCCCUGCUGUGCUCCUCCCCCCUUCACUUUUCCCUGUUUAAACCUCAUCAUUGUAGCUGAAGAUUUAUGAGAAAUAACUACCAGGCUAACGGUUAUCUGUAUUCAUGAGUAGUAUCUGAAUUUGUAUUUAGUUGAAUGAGGCCACCUUGAUUGAUUAGCUUGUUCAUUCUGAAAAAAGUGCUGUAAUACUACUAAUACCCUAGGUCAAAUUUUUAGGUUUCCUGUGCCACCAGUUGUGAUCAAACUCUAGAAACGCCCCUGGCACUGGUGUUCAUUGAGGGUGAGACAGAGCUCUGUACAACCACCUCAGUUCUGCCACUUCAACUUUAACCUCCACAACAUAUAAAGUCUAUAGCGAUGCUUUGUGCACAGGUCCAUUCUUACUGUAGUUCCAGUGAAGGAAAACUGCAAUUCUACAAAAUAUGCAGACAUUCUAUACAUCUGUGUGCUUCAAAAACAUUUGGAAAAAGAACAACAUAUGGGUGUGAUGUUCAGGUGUCCACAUCCUAUUACAUAUUACAUUACAAAUUCUUUUUUUUUUAAAUAGCAGAUCUGACGUUCUAAACUCAUUUUAAUAUAUAACGUGUUGUUUCCAUAACAACAACGUGAUCACCGGAACUUGUAUGGAGGACACGCCACAAGCAUCUCAGCAUCUAGCAAUAAUAUAUAUAUGGUGGAUGCUUUCUAUUAGGAGAUAUUCAUGGAAGGAGUCUCCAGUGUCAGUUUCAGCAUCUUCAAGUGUUUUCUAUCCAAACAAGAAAGAGCCUAGUGAGAGAAGAGCUGUUUAUAAUGUAAAUGCUGAAACAAAACUGAUAACAGAACAACACUAACAUGUCCCAUGGAUGAUUCAGAGCAUUACAUGUUACUAUAAAGGGGUAAAAAUGAUGAUGUUGCACUUACACAAUGAAUAAAACUCCUAAGGAGAUGCUAUUGCUAGAAAAUUAAAAGUUUAUUUCAGAAUUCUGUUUCUCCAUCCCAUCACUGAUUAUUUUCCUAUAACUGCACCCUCCACCCCCCCUCAAAUAAUUUUUAAUUAUAUUCCAAAACCAUAGAGUUUCCUGAAGAUUUAUAUAUGAUUUAAUUAUGAAAUGUUUUUUCCCUGUGAAACUUGGAAUAAAU